UCCGCGCUGUGAACACACACACACGAGCACAUUUCAGUCUGUCAAUAUUUAUUUAUUUAAUUACUUUUUUGAACCGAAAACCAAGACCUAACCGACGUUAUGCAGCAAACAUGUGACAGUCUUCAUCUUCAGCUGAUCGGUAAAACCGGUUCAGGUGUGAGUGCCUCUGCAAACACUAUCCUGGGCGAAAAGACGUUUAAAUCCGAGCGGAGUUUGACCUCCAUCACCGACAGAUGCCAAAAACACACAGCUGAAGUGUGUAACAGAACAGUGACAGUGGUCGACUCUGUAAACUUCUUCAACUCAAAUGACAUUGAUCUGCGCGUGGAGUUACAGAGAGAACUGCGCACGCGCCCUGAGGGAAUACACGCGAUCCUGCUGGUGCUCCGUUUACACACAUUCACUGAGCAAGACGCAGAGCUCCUGUCAUUACAUAAGCAGAUGUUCGGCGAGAGUGCAAUAAAACACACAAUAGUCCUGUUUACUCACGGAGAUGAGCUUCAGGAUAAAUCUCUUGACCAGCUUAUCAGAGAAAACUCACAUCUGUCCAAAGUGAUAGAGGAGUGUGAGGGGAGAUUUCACCUGCUGAACAACAAAGAUCUGAACAAUAAAGAUCAGGUCACCAAACUCCUGAUGAAGAUUGAACGAAUGCUGUGUGAAAAUGAGAACAGAUGCUACACUUUACAGAUGUUUAUGCAGGCUCGGGCGAUCAGAAUACAUCAUCUGUGUGCAGUCAGUGUUGUCAUUGUGUUCGCAUUGGGUUAUGUGAAUAUGAGGAAUGAAGGUUCUUGGGGGUUUAAUUCAUUUCUCUGUGGUUGUUUUGGGGGGCUCUUAUCAGCAUUGGCAGGAUAUGUUUCAGGGCGCAUUUGCGCAAAUAUGUGGAAAAAGGAGAUCAAAUGUACCAAAAGACACCUAAAAAAUGUUAAACUGCUGGCAAUAGCAUGUGGUUGUGGUACUGGAGGGAUCCAUUUGUUUUUGACAGGACCAGUGUGUUUAUCCACUGCAUUAUUGAGAGGCACACAGGGGAGUCUAAUGGCUUACAUCACAAUGAUGAAGCACAGCAGAAUGAUAUGAUGUGUUGAGUAUUUCUCAAAUGUCAUUUGUGGGUAACACUUUACAAUAACAGUACAUGAAUAAUGCUGUAUUAAUAUGUAAACUAAACAUUACUUUAUUAUGAAUUAAUGAUGAGUUAAGGCAUGCACUAAUCAUGAAUAAUCACGAGUUCAUCUGUAAAUAACGGCUACCUUAAUUACUUGUUAGUACAUGAUUUUUUUGUUAAUUAAUGUAUUAAUUACCACAUUAGUUUAUGCUUAAUUUAACCAUCAUGAUAAGUUAAUGUAUAAUUAUGUUGUGACUUUACUUGGAGGGGCACAUCAUCAUUAACCCAUUCUUUACUCAUGAACUCCUUAUGCACGUCCAUUUAGUGUGUUUACGCUGAACAACAAUAGAAAAGUGUUCUGUCAACAUCAGCAUGAACAGGAGUUCAUGAGUAGUUGAGGAUGAAUUAAUGGUGUUUUGCCUCUCCAAGUAAAGUCAUGACAUAAUUAUACAUUAACAGCUCAUAAGUUCAUGUUGGUUACAUUUAGCUUAAACGUUAAUACAUUCAUUAACAACAUGUAGCAACAAGUAAUUAAGGUAGCCGCUAUUCACAGAUGAACUCAUGUGAAUCAUAUUGUAGUUAAGGUUAGUUCAUGAUUAGCGCACACCUUACCUCAUCAUUAAUUCAUAAUAAAGUAAUGCUUAGUUUACAUAUUAAUACAUCAUUAUUCAUGUACUGUUAUUGUAAAGUGUUUCCCAUUUGUGUUAUCAGUGUGCAA